GCCCCCUGCAGCGACUACUUUAAUGAGCUGUUUAUAGAGAAGGGAGCCGUGUCCAGUCAUGAAGCGGUGGUCGACCUCUCAGGUUUCAGCAAGGUCAGUUUCCUCCCCCUGCUAGAGUUUGCGUACACCUCUAACCUCUGCUUCAACUUCUGUGUGAUGGCCGACGUUGCCACGCUGGCCCGACACCUUCUGAUGGCCGAGGUCCUUCAGAUCUGUGAGUCCGUCCACAAGAAGGUAGAGGAGCAGAAGAUGAUGGUCUACCAGCAAGGAGACAUCCACACGGUGGUGUCCAGCCAGCCUGCACCCCAACAGGCCCCGAAUGAAGAACCCGGGAGCUACAUUAUGACCAUCGGGAGCGACGGCCACACGGUGGUGUCCAGCCAGCCUGCACCCCAACAGGCCCCGAAUGAAGACCCCGGGGCCUACAUUAUGACCAUCGGGAGCGACGGCCAUGCCGUGGUGACUCAUACUGGGCUAGCUGGAGCAGGGGAUGACCUGGACUCCUUGGCCCACACAGCAGAGGCCUUCAGAGGGGAUCUGACAUCUGUAGUCACCCAGGCUCUGGGAGGUGAACCAGAGGAGACUAUGACCGUGGUUGGGGAGGCUGGGUCAGAGACGGUGACUCUAGUCACCCACAGCGGCCAGGCCCGGGUAGGCGAGUCCGUCACCCUCUUCUCCCCUACUGGAGAGGCAGAGACCAUGACGGUGGUCACCCACAGCGGCCAGGCCCGGGUAGGCGAGUCUGUCACCCUCUUCUCCCCUACUGGAGAGGCAGAGACCAUGACAGUGGUGACCCACAGCGGCCAGGCCGGAGCCAGUGAGUCCCUGGCCGUGGUGUCAGCCUGUCUGGCCCUGGAGCAGCAGCAGCAUGAUGAAGGGGAUGAGGGGGAUGGGGACUCCCUCUCCAUGGAACCAGGGGCCUUCCUCAUCAGCGUGGACCCAGGGAAGGUGGCCCCUACUGAGGUGGUCCGUCUGGCUGUAGCGCCACCUGUAGUCCAGGAGGACCCAACGCCCCAGGAGGAGGAGACGUCAGCGCACCAGACGGUGGAUUCAGCACCCCAGGCCGAGCCACAGCCUCCCGCUGCUCCCCAACCCCCUAAGAGGAAGAGAGGACGUCCUGCCAAGGUGAAGCAGGAGGUGAUCGAGGAGCCAGAGUCUCCUGUCGAGGAGGAGGUGGUGCCAGAGCCGGUCUCUACUCCUGCAGAGGAGGUUCAGAGGAGCCAUGACCCCUAUAAGAGACGACUACGACAGCGCUCCAUGGGGGAGGGGGGGUACGUCAGGCUACACAUGGGGCUGGAGGAGGACAGAGAGGACAAGAAGGGAGCUCAGACCCCACAGCGUCCCAGCACCCCCAAGAAGAGGGGUAGACCCGCCAAGAGACUAGUUGAAGAGAUGGAAGCUGCGGUGGCUGGGAUGGAGAAUGUUGUCCAGACAGAGACUGAGGGCGUCCUAUCACCAGACGGCAUUGUAGACGGAGCACCUAUCACAGAGCAGCCUGUGGGGGAGGGGCCAGAGCCGGGUCAAAGCCCCGCCCAGCCAGAUGGAGGGAGUGAGGUGGAGGGAGAACACACCUGUUCAGAGUGUGGCCUGUCGUUUCACCGACGCUACGCUCUCAUCAUGCACACACUCAAACACGAGAAGACCAGAGGAUACAAGUGUAGUUUAUGUAACAAGGAGUUCCAGUACGCGGCCUCUCUGAGGGCCCAUCUGACCCGACACAAGCACCAGAAGAGCCAGAGGCCCACCCUGGUCAGGGUCCCCCAGCCCCACGGUGAAGAGGGCCUCGAGGGGGACGUCAGGGCCAAGGGACGCACCAAGAGAGAGUUUGUCUGUGACAUCUGUGGAAAGACUCUUCCUAAGCUGUAUUCUCUGAGGAUCCACAUGCUGAACCACACGGGGGUGCGGCCCCACUCCUGCAAGGUCUGUGGGAAGACCUUUGCUCAUAAACACAGCCUGAAGAUGCACAGAGCUCUACAUGACGCUGCUAAACAGUUCCACUGUCUGCUCUGUGACAAGUCCUUCGUUAGUAAGAGAAGUCUGGAGGAACACACCAGUAUUCACACAGGUGAAUCUAAGUAUCUCUGUACCCAGUGUGGGAGGUCGUUCCACCGAGCGUCCGGUCUGAGUAAACACUUAAAGAGACACCAGCCCAGACCUGACGUACGAGGGUUCCCCUGUAGUCACUGUGAUAAGAGUUUCUUUGAGGCCAAAGACCUGCAGCAGCACAUGAACAAACACCUGGGACUCAAACCCUUCCAGUGUCAGGUAUGUGGGAAGUGUUACAGCUGGAAGAAGGACUGGUAUUCCCAUGUGAAGUCCCACAGUGUGGCAGAGCCUUACAAGUGUAAUGUCUGUGGUAAGGAGUUCUUUGAGAAGGCUCUGUUCAGGAGACACGUGAAGAAGGCCACGCACGGCAAGAAGGGCAGAGUAAAGCAGAACCUAGAGAGAGAGUGUGAACACUGUGGCAGGAAGUUCACCCAGCUCAGAGAGUACAGACGACACAUGAACAACCACCAGGGAGUCAAACCCUUCGAGUGCCUGACGUGCGGCGUAGCCUGGGCCGACGCCCGCUCUCUGAAGAGACACGUACGUACCCACACCGGCGAGCGCCCUUACGUGUGCCCCGAGUGCCAGGAGGCCCACAUCGAUGCCCGCUCCCUACGGAAGCACAUGACCAAGUACCACGGCGACCUUCUGCCGGGGAAGAUCAUGCUGGAGAAAGAUACUCUACAGUUUCACAACCAGGGUACUCAGGUCGAACACGCCAUCUCCAUCUUGGCGUCCGAUCUCCCCCCCGAGCUCCGGCCCGUCCAGCCGCCGCCGGCCGAGGAGAUCGAGACUGUGCUGAUCACGGAGGAGACUGUGGAGGCGGUAGAAGCGGUUCAGGCCGUUCAGGGUGACGGGGUCGCGACCUUGUCGGACCAGAGCAUAAUGCAGGUGGUGAACUAUGUGCUGUCUCAGCAGAGUGUACUGCCUGGGGGGGUGAAGAUGGAGGAGCAGGAGGUUAUACAGACCAUGGAGGUGGUACACAUGGCAGAGGUGGAGUGAUGUGACAGACCAGGUGGAGUGAUGUGACAGACCAGGCGGAGUGACGUGACAGACCAGGCGGAGUGACGUGACAGACCAGGCGGAGUGACGUGACAGACCAGGCGGAGUGACGUGACAGACCAGGCGGAGUGACGUGACAGACCAGGCGGAGUGACGUGACAGACCAGGCGGAGUGACGUGACAGACCAGGCGGAGUGACGUGACAGACCAGGCGGAGUGACGUGACAGACCAGGCGGAGGGACGUGACAGACCAGGCGGAGGGACGUGACAGACCAGGCGGAGGGACGUGACAGACCAGGCGGAGGGACGUGACAGACCAGGCGGAGGGACGUGACAGACCAGGCGGAGGGACGUGACAGACCAGGCGGAGGGACGUGACAGACCAGGCGGAGGGACGUGACAGACCAGGCGGAGGGACGUGACAGACCAGGCGGAGGGACGUGACAGACCAGGCGGAGGGACGUGACAGACCAGGCGGAGGGACGUGACAGACCACCUAGUGGACAGGAAGAAUGACUCGCAUAGUCACUAGUAUCCCUAACACUGAACCAGGUGGAAAGCCGAAGUGACUCUAGUAUCCCUAACCUAUCAGAACCCAGGUGGACAGGUUGAGUGACCGGUAGACUGAACACAGGCCUAUUACACUCUGUCCUGAGGUGGAGGAACAGGGAAUCUGUCAGAUACCUGGGUGAUGUUCAGUAGGGACACACUGUAGCAAAGCAUUCUGCAAUGGAAAACAAUGUGUUCUUAUUAGACAAAUUCAGGUACUGUUCCCUUGUUUUUCCCCAAUUGAACAGGCCCCUCUGUCUACAGUGGGACAGAAGGUACAACGUUGACAAUUUUUUUACUGAAUAUAUAUACAUUGAACGAACUGAAUUGAUUUAAAGCUCAAUCCAAUCUUGUGUGUAAAUAGUGGCAGUCAUUAAAAAUAUUCUGUAUUAAUCUGGA